UGAUGCUCACAUUAAAAUGGUUUUAGUAUUGGCAUAUUAGCAAGAAAUUAUUAUAAUUAGUUCUACGAAGAAAUACUCUAAAACCAACAGGCAUUCGAUCAAUUUCCAAGAAACACAAUUUUUCAAACGGCGUCUAAAAAUUAAGACAAAAUGGAAAAGUCGCGAGAGCGAUCGCCCGCCGAUGCCCAGGAAGAAAAGGCUCAUAUGUAUGAGCAAGAAGAACCGCCGCCAGAUGCGCAGCAACAAUUGAGUAAACAACAACAUCAACAUUUGCUAGAUACGCAACCUGCGAAACAGCAGCAAGAGCAGCAUCAAACACCAACGUCACAUUUCGUGGCUGAGGAAGAAACUUUAGGUGCUGUCUCGGCUUCUGCUUCGGAGGCAGCUUACGAAGCGGAUGUUGAUGAUGCUGAUAUGCCUAUUGUCGCUAGUGUUAGUCACAAGCAUGCGCCCGCGGUGGAAGCAGCUGCUUCACUACCGUUGGCCCAUGCAGGGGAGUUGACAUUCAGCUCGAAGCAGCGCCGCCAAGCCGAACGGCAGCAUAUUUAUGAGCUUUUUCAACCUUGGGCAUUGAAGAAUUAUGGCGAUCAAGCAAAGACUAAAACCAUUACGAUGCGUAAAAAGACGCGCAUCCUCAAAGCGUUGGAGGGUAAAGAACACAGUCGGCCAGAUAGUUCAAAAUUUCGUUUUUGGGUGAAAACAAAAGCUUUCACGACCAAACGGCCGGAGGAUUUCGAGGAAGCUGUGGGUGGGCAUCGAAAGCUGGAACCACUACCUCCAAACGCAGUGCUCUCUGAUAAUCCCAGUAAAGUUGACUUGUUUGUAGGUUCAACUACAAAGGACUUCGGCAAACGCACCUACCGCAAGGUGGCCGUUGUGGAGGAGUUCUUCGACAUCAUAUACAACGUGCACAUGGAGCUAGGCGGACGCAGUGGCAUGCAUGCUGGCCAAAAGCGCACAUAUCGCAUAAUUACGGAAACAUAUGCUUUCCUGCCGCGCGAAGCUGUCACUCGUUUCCUCUCCAUCUGCCCGGAGUGUAAGAAGAAUUUACGCGCAGGUUCACCGGUCACCUCCUUGAACCCAAUGGACGAGGCUGGCAAUGAAAGCUCAUCCGAGGUGGAGGGACUCACCUAUUCAUCGCAUACCGAAAGCUCCUUGGAAGCAGGACCUACAAAAGCUGUACUAACAAAAUCUACCUCCAGCAACGUUGCAAUGCCCAGCACUAGCAGCGCACUCAAAUCGUCUACCCGUGGCACCAUUGGCAUGCCUAUCAAGCGUCGCUACUCUCAGCUCGAGGAAACGACAAGCGAUACUAAAUUCACGCCAGCCUCCCAGUCGCUAGCGCGCACGCUGCUAACGGCUCCGAAACGGCAGCGCAGCGCAGUGCCACCAUCGCAUCCCAGAUCCAGCUCCACAGACACGGCCGUGGCAGCAACCUCGACGGCCGCAGCACCAACCAUUACCAUUGAUUUGGUGUCCGAGUCAACAUCGCCGUUGCCAUCGCCGUUGCCAUUACCGUCACCAACAUCAACAACAACCGCAGAGCGACCAAAAAUACGCGUCAAUCCACAGCUGCAGCGCCCAUUGACUCCGCCUCCGGUGUCGGCUACGUCCGCCUUGCCGUCGCCGUCGACACUGGUGGUGCGCGAACCGGUUACGCAUGCGCCGCCUCCCUAUCUCGGCUAUCAUCCCCUUUGUUUCGAUAUGAACUUCUUAAAGACGCACGAGAGUUUCUUUCGUUACUACGAAAUGAUGCGUCGCUUCUAUGCUGGCGGCUUUCCGCUGCCGAUACCGCCAUUGCCCGCUGAGUUUGGUGGCGCUGAAAUGGUGACCUCAGCUCAGCGUUCGGUAGUCUCAGCAGGCGUGGGCCCAUUGGCAGCAGCUGGUGGUAUUUCGACAGCCACAAGUUAUGCUAAGCAGCUCUCUGCUGCUACAGCGCCCAAGCAAGAACGUUUGGCUGCAAAUAUUGAAAGUUCAUCUGUUCGUACUGAGGAUGUGCCAGCCGAAGAGCCACUCGUGAAAAAGUUUAAGAGUUCACCAGAAAGUCAGCGGGGUUUUCGACCGCGCGCUUCCACAAUAGAAUCCUCAACUCGAGAAGUGGCUGAGGUUGUGCCUCAGGAGGCUGCCUCCACAGCUACCUCCACGGCUGUUGCUGCUGAGCUGGAAAUAGAUGUCGAUGCCGCUGUCGCUGCUGCUGUGCUGCCAUCACUCUCCCCACCGCCUACACAGCUCAGUGCAAUUAAUCUUUCCACAUCUUCUACUUGCAGGUCCUCCUCGCGCACAAAUGGCGCAUCAACGUCGCACGCAAAACCAGCACUCGCCACACUAACACCGCUGGUUAUACCAACCACACCGCUUACCUUGUCGUCGUCAGCGCUUUCACAGCUCAUCACAUCUACACCUACUGCUCGCUCGUCGCUCAAAAGCAGCUUGUCAACGGCGCUCUCCGAAGUGAAAGCCGCAGUAACAUCUGGUGGCGCCGCAGAUACUAGCUCGGAUACGGCGGCGAGUUUGCGCAGCUCGUCAUCGCGUUUGCCGCCGCUGGAUUUGGAGCGCUUAAAACCGAUCACCUCGACAUAUUUGCAAUUGACGCGCAGCAUGGGUUUGAGCGAUGAGGAUGCGUUGCGCUUUGACAACUUGGUGAGUAAUGAUUUCAAUUAUAAGCUAUAA